UUGAAUUUUCAGGAUGUGCAAAAGCACUCUGUCCACACUCUGGUGUUUCGAUCUCUCAAGAGAACACAUGAUAUGUUUCUCUCUGACCAAGGGAAUGCACCCAUGAAACUGGAUGAAAAGUAACUUCAAGUUAUAUAAAUUAAUAUAAUUUUAAAUUAAAAAUGAGACUGUAAAGCCUUUUAGAUUCUUGAUAGAUGCACUUACUAUUAUUUCCAUCCAUCGUUUAAGGAUUAAAACUUGUAAUUUAUUACAGGAAUGUUUUCUCUCUAGUUCAUAACUGCACCACUAAAAUAGAUUCUAUGAUCUUAAGUAAAAUUGAGACUGACUCAUUAUGAUUUAAAUUAUUUGCUGCAGGUUCUCAGCCUCUGUUAAAAAAAUAAUAAUGCUCAAUCUGAACAAUCUUAAAUAUUGAUAUUCUGUGUUUACUACAUGUACAUUUCAUCUGAUAGCGAAAAAUUGAGAUGCCAGAUAAAAAUAGCAGAUGAAUAUGGGCCAGUCAAGGAGGCAGCUAAAAGAGAAGCAAAAGCUAAACAGAUGCAUCAUGCAGGUUGGUGUCUAUUUUUGAUUUGAAGGCUGUAAAUUAUUUUUUUAAAGCAUUGGUAUUAUUUUCUUAAAGAUGUUUAUGAAGUUAUUUUUGGAUUCAUAUUAUUGUUGAACUCUAUAUGGAACCUAGUUGGUUUUUAAUAUUUUAACCUAAAAAUCUUCAUAAAUGUAUAAUUUUAUGCUGAUUGAAUGUCCCACUGAAAAUUACAAUUCCUUAAAACAAAGAUUGUAUAAUGUCAGUCAAAUGUAAACACUUGAUUAUUACAACUUACCCCAUAAUGACAACCUCAUUUUAAGUUACUGUAUCAAAUUUUUAAAUAGGUGGUGAUAUAUCCAAUGGAAUUGCUGGAGGUAAAAGUCUUUAUAAUGGAUUUUGUACCUGAUCGAGUUUUACUCUAUUUAAAAAAAAAAUUCAUAAAGAUAGAACUACAAUCUCAUAAUUUAUUGUAAUUAAUAAAAAUUAUUUAUCCUAUAGACAUUUAAUUUAAUGGUUAAUUAAUAAAACAUGAUUGUAAAUUUUAUUUUCAAAUUUUUUUUCAUUCAUUCUCAGGUGAUGGAGAUCACAUGAGGUCAGUCGUUUUAUCGGGCUAGUCAUUGUAAUUGUUACCAAAAUAUGCAAGAUUUUUGUGCCUUCUUUAUUUGAUUGAAAGAUGUUUAUAAUUGUCUUUUUUACAUUUAAAGUUUUCUUGCUGAUGGUUUUGGACAUUUUUGUUGUUACAGAUAUCGAUGUUAAUCAAUUAUCAGAUUUACACACAAAAAAAACUAACCAGGGCAUUGUUGGUUGUUCUUUACAAAGCAAUAGUAAAAUAAAAAUAUUUUAUGAUAAAUUAUUCGAUAAGCAAUUUGCCAGUGUUGAGAUUGCGGUUGGCUGCAACAAAGUGUACUUUUUUAGCACAAAAAAUUGAAUUAAAAUUUAAUGAAAGGUUGUAGCUUGCUUCACAUGUAUUCGUAGCUUGAUGAAAUUGUUAAAAAUCCAAAGCAGUGGAUGUAGUUUUCCUAGUGAAUUUUUUCCCUUUUCAGACUUUCCGGUAAUGAAAAUGAUAGAAUGGAUCCAAAUAGUAGGGUGAGAUAUAUUUAUAUAAAUAAUGCGUUAAUAUAUAUUUUCAGAGACCAGCUAUUAAAAAUCAAAAGUAAACAACUUUAAAAAGAAAAAAAAAUGGGAUUUAAAAGAUAAACGAAUCUGACAAUAAAUUGGUCAAUUUAAUACGUGAUCAAUUACUGAGUGAAUAUUUUAUUGAAAUAUUGUAUUACUCUUGUCUCUAAAAUUUACUUCUUUAUAUAAAACAUACAGUCAAACCAUAGCCCAGAAGUAAUUGUUAUUUCUUUUUUAAUGGUGAUUUUUUUCUCUCCAGGCAUUGGUAUCAGUAACAAUUGGACAGCAACAAAUGUUGGUACCUAAGAAAGCUCCAACAAUGCCAAAACCAAAUUGGCAUCCACCUUGGAAACUUUACAGAGUAAUUAUAAAAUUAAACUUUACAAAAAAAAAUUGAUUUGGGAUUGAAAAUAAGUAUUAAGUCAUUUGCAGUUACAAAUAAAUGAAAAGCACUUAAUCAUGAAAAUAGAAUUCAUUGUGAAUGAGAUCAGUACAUAAUUAUGUGCUGUUAUGAAGUUGUUUUGUUAGUCCACAGAUGCUCUAGUUCUAUCCCCAUCAGAAAGAAGUAAAAAUAUAUAAAGGAUGUAAUAAUCUUUUGAAACAUGAAAAUAAAAUUUAUAGAUUAAGAGUAAGACAUGUAUAUUUGUGCAAUCUUUGCUUAAAGAUUUUCCAUUGUCCAGGUGAUAAGUGGUCACAUAGGCUGGGUUCGAUGUCUUGCAGUGGAACCAGGCAAUGAGUGGUUUUGUUCUGGUGCUGGUGAUAGAGUUAUUAAGGUUAGUCGGUACUACUUAUGUUAAGUUGCUGCUCAGUUAUGAACAAUUGUCUUGAUAACAGAUCAUUUAUUUUAGUGUAGAAUGGAUGAAUUCUGUAAAAUAUUUUAUUCUUGAGCUGCUGAAUGGUAUGCAGCAAACAGUAAAUUUAUAAAUAAUAAAAUUAAACGAAGAUAUAAUUGGUCAUGUCUUUUCAAUCUCAAGACACCAAGACUAAAUUUAAAAUUAGCUUAUGAAAAGAUAUUUUAGAAAAAUACAAUUUUGAGAUUGUCCCACCUGCAAAUAUAUAAGGUAAUGAGAGGGAGAGACUGCAAUCAGGUUAGCAAAUAAAGGAAAUAGUUAAAAUAAUUAUGGGAAAACCUGAAAAAAAAAAAGGAACUCAACAAAAUAACAAAUUUGUCUGCAGGAAGCCUUCGUCAGCGAACAAACAACUGAAAAAACAGAAUUAAAUUUUGUUAAAAAGCACUUAGCUGGAAAGUAGCAUCUGAGAGGGCAGCUAAAGAAUUGUGUACCACACUCGGAUUUAUCUAGUAAUAAGUUUAAGCUUUUCAUUUCAGAUUUGGGAUCUGGCCACAGGGACGCUGAAGUUGACUUUAACAGGACAUGUUAGCACUGUGAGAGGGCUGGCAGUUAGUGCAAGGCAACCCUAUUUGUUCUCUUGUGGAGAAGAUAAAAUGGUGAAAUGCUGGGAUCUAGAGCAAAAUAAGGUGCAGUUGAAAAAAUGCUAAUAUUAAAAAGUUACUUUCAAAUUGGAUGAAGAGAUAAGAAAAAAUUAUUAUGUUCUGUCUGAAUAUUUGUGAAUUUUUCAAGAGGAGGGGCUGUUUAAAAGGUUUGAAUCUUCCUGAAAUCAUUGAGAUGUGAUUUAAUUGUGUUCACCCAAGAAGUAUCUGUGCUGAUUAUUAUAUAUAUUUAAUCAAGUUUAUGUCAACUUUUAGCAUAGAUGUCAUUGGUAAGCCUGUUAUUGUCUUCCAAAUACCCAGUAUUGAAAAUUGUGCCACAUUAACAAAAAAAUUGUUCAUUUUGAUAGAUAUUAAUUUUUCUGUGAUUGCUUUAUUUAGAUAUUGUGGUGUAUUUUCAGACCAUACGCCAUUAUCAUGGUCACCUCAGUGCCUGUUAUGCCCUGGACCUUCAUCCAACCAUAGACAUUCUAACCACUUGUGGCAGGGAUGGCACAGUUAGGGUGAGUCUCUUUGAUUUAGAAUACCGGUAUUGAAAUCUGUAUUUCAUUAUGGCAUGUAUAAGCAUUAUGUUCUAGCUACAAACCUUAAAUGCCAAGUCAUUUAUUUACAGGGAAUUAAUUUCUAUCAAAGCACGUCAAAGAGAAAUCAGAAUAUAAUUAGGUAUAUUGCUGAUACUUUUCACCAUCAUUUUAGUGGAACAUAAAUGUAAUGUUCAAAACUCUUUGGUGCCAUACAACCUUGAUGCAAAUUAAUUGUUUAACAACAAGGUGAAUAAAACACCACACAUUGGUUAUCCACCAAAUUAAUUAAAAUUUAACUGGUUAACUUCCAUGAUCCGCUGGGAGCGGCUCAGUGUUCUUUUCGCUAUGCCACGAGCUGCUGGUAGUGCCAAUGUUUGUAUCGUAGUAAAUCGAUUCAAAUAUUUAUAUGUAAUUCUGUUCCCGGUUUGCUUCGAGAUUUUAAUUUACCAGCAGGAUGUUUAUAUUUGAACUGCAUGCUAUCAACAGAUAGUUAAAAAAAACGAGCUGUUAAUUAAUUUUUAUCUUAUUUCCAAGCUAGUUAAGAAAGUUUACUAGUUGUUUACCGUGGCAACAAUUGACAGGGUUACUAAAGUCAUAUAAGUGAUUUGAAGUGUAAAUAUUAUUCAAUUUCUGUGUUCUUUGGUGCAUAUUUCUUAUUAUUAUUAAAGGCUUUAAAUUUUGAAUGAUUUAGAAAUUUUAAAUUUAUAUGUAAGCUGGCACAUUUAUAGAUUUGUUAUUGAUAUUCUGUUGUAAAUAAUAAUUUAACAAUAAUAAUUUCCUUAUGAAACUUAACUUUACAAAUGUUUUAAUUGUAUCUUAUAGAGAAUUCAAUUACCGACAAAAUGGUUUAUUUAUCAUUAGAAUAUGUUUAUAAUUAAGAAAACUGAAUUUGUACAUACACCUAAAAUGAGAAAAUGUGACCUGGAUUUAAUUCGGCCAAAGUGGGUUUUUCAAUCUGGUAGUUAAUCAGUUAAGCCACUCUGAAGUUUAAUAUCCCACUACAAUUUCCAUUUAUUUAUUAUUUAUGCAGAUCAUCAUAAACUGUAUAAAGAAAUUAAGGUCUUUGAAUGACCUAUUUAAAAACCUAUAAUUUGACCGUUCAAAUGAUUGAUACUGAAGAUAUUUUAAGGGUUCUUUAGUUACUCUAUUCUUUGGCAUCUUUUUGGCAUGAACUUCCAUCAAUACAUGAAUAUGUCGAACACUUUUAAGUUUUUAAAAAAUAUUGGUACUUUUUAAUUCUUGUUAUAUCUUCAUUUGUCCUGUCUGCUGAGGAAGGCUCUUGGCUGAAACUUUCUUCUUUUAUUGUCCUGUCUUUCUAUUUCAAACUUCCCCAUACCUUGUUCUAUUAUUUUCUUCACACAGCUUGAACCCAGUCCUUCGUUUAUUAUGUAUUCUUUUUAUCUUUUACCAAUGAAUUGUUUUGGCUCAAUCUAUUUUGAAGCUGUUGUGACAAGAAAGCAUUGUUUCCCAGAGAUUUAAUAAUUUUUUAAAUACACCAUAAAAUCACGUAUCCGGAAAUUUGAUCGAAAGAAAUUUCGUCGACGGUAAAUUGAUUGAACGGAAAUUUGGUUGCCACUUUUUUUUCAGUUUUUACGUUAAAAUUUUUGAACACAUUAUUUUGUUUUACUAUAUAGUAGAGUGCGUUCAAAAAUAAAUUUGAAGUAAAUUUUAACGUGUGAACUUAAAAAAAGAUUCUACCAAAUUUUCGUCCGAUCAAAUUUCAGUUGAUCGUUUUACCGUAGACGAAAUUUUUUUCGAUCAAAUUUCCGGUAACCAUAAAUCAUGAUUUCUGAGAUAGUGACUGGAGUAUAGUGUGGACCAGGAUAAAAAGCUGAAAGCUUGGUAUGCUUGAUUUAUAGGAAACAUGUGAGAAAGGACCAAGAAACUAUGAACAAGGACAGAAACAUUUAAAUAUUUUGAAACACUUGCACCAAGGUUUGACUUAAAUUAACCUCAAUAAUUGAUUAUGUUGUUUUCUGAUGCCCUAUUUUUAACUUCUUAUACUGGAAGGUGUGGGACAUUCGUACCAAAGCAUGUGUUCAUACAAUGGUGGGGCAUACCAACACAGUAGCAGAGGUCAAAUGUCAAGCUGCUGAACCUCAAGUAAGUAAAAUAUAUAUUUUUUUAUUAUUAUAGAGUAGCUCAAAGCAUAGCUUUGUAUAAGAACAUCUGCAAAACCUGUUAAUGGCAGAUAAGUUAUAUGAGACAAUAAGUAUAAGCAUUAACAUAACAAAAAACUUUUUCUGUUUAAAUAUUUUUAAAGUACACAACUAAAUUUUUAGUCAGAAAUGUUUAAAAAAACAACAUUUUGCUAAAGGAAAACAUUUUUGGAAGACCAACUUUGUGAAAAUUCAAGUACCCUAAAACAGUAAUAAGCAAUAAGAACACUUUUUGACAUGGCCCUUUAAAAGUUGGUGGUCAUUAGAUAUUAGCCAAAUAACUUAAUGACAGAAAAUGUCAAAUUAAGUUUGUAGCGUACUGACGUUAUUUUUUAGUUUAGCACCAAACUCAUCUUUAUAUUUGGAAUUCACAAGGAUGUGUUUUAAAAAAGUAAUUCCUAAAUUUCUAUUUUUAGACCCCUACUAAUUUAGAAAACAAUUAAACAAACUUCAUUUGUUGAACCAUGGAAGAUUACAAAACUGUUCUUGGCAACAACAAUAAAGAUUACUUAUUUACUUUUUUUUUUAAUAUUCCUGCAAAAAAAAUCUUUUCCAUAUACUGGUAAUAUAAAAAAGCUGAAAGUCACUACUGAUUAUAGGUAAAUAUCAGUAUUAUUAUUUAGAGAGUUUUCAAAAUUAAAGUAAUGUUUAUUAUAUAUUUUUAAUUUAGGAGAAACUUUCUGUAUAACAGGUUAUAUCAGGUAGCCAUGAUUGCACAGUGAGACUCUGGGAUCUGGCGAUGGGAAGAACAAGAGUUACAUUGACUAACCACAAGAAGAGUGUUAGGGCACUUGCUCUUCAUCCCUCACAGUAAGAUUUUUAGACUUAGUUAUCAGCAUUCAAAAAAAUUGUAUUUUUUAAUUUACUAUGUUUUUACAUCACCACGGCCCAAUAGCUCCAACUGCAACAUGCUAUAUUUCUUUGGUUAGCACUUCUAUUUUGUGUUCUUCUUUACCCUUUGACUUUUUCUAGCCAUUCUCUAGUCAGUUAGUUUUUUUUCAUCCCAGAAGUGGGGAGAGACUUUUUAAGUAUUGUAGAAAUCAUAUUAUUAGCAUUAGGCUAAAUAAUUUUAAAAAGCUAACAACAGCCAUUGCGUUAAUUCAGAUAUAUUUUAAAUAAUGGAAUUUACAAAAAAUUAUCACUUCUAAAGAUACCGGUAAUAAAAAGUUUUAAAAAGUAAUAACUCUGCAACUAUUUAUGCCACAAGUGUAAAACUUGCAGUUGGUAACAUACUUCUAACCAACAAGAAUGAUAUUAAAACCAAUACCAUACUGUAACAAGUUAUCACGUUGACUAUUAAUUAAAUUAAUUACAUUUAGGUACUCUUUUGCCUCUGGAUCACCUGAUAAUAUCAAGCAAUGGAGAUUUCCAGACGGCAAUUUCCUGCAAAAUAUGUCUGGUCACAAUGCAAUCAUCAACAGUCUGGCAUGUAACUCAGAUGGUGUCCUUGUGUCUGCAGGUAGUGUUAUAUUUAUUUUUAAAACAGAGUAUUAGGCAUGUAUUUCAUGUGCUUGUUAUAUUGGACAUAUUUGCAUAUUUUUAAAAUAGCUAAACUUAAACCAAACGAUUCUAAUUUAACUUUCAUUAGUAUUUUCAUUAGUAUUACUAAGAAAUAUUCAGUUGAUCUUAUUAGACCCAGUUGAUCUUAUUAGGCAAAAUCUGGGGUCUUAAUUCAUGUCUCUUUUCACUAGCAGACUCAUCAGAGUGGGCAACAUUUUGUGGCCAGUCAAGAUUUAUGUACUAUAUAUAAAUUAACUAUACACUAUUGAAAUAAUUAACGUUAAUAGUGACUAUCGAUCCAUGGACCAGUAUAACUUUCAGAACUUUUUCAAACCCAUGAUCUAAUCGUCACCAUAUUCUAAUUGUCAUGACUAUUGCACAAAAAAAUUGUUAGUUAUGGAAACAAGCAAUCUCUGCUAAUACCGGUAUUUAUUUUAUAUUUAUUUUAUCUUUCAGCUGACAAUGGUAGUAUGCACUUCUGGGAUUGGAAGACUGGCUAUAAUUUCCAACGUGUCCAAGCAGCUGCUCAACCAGGCUCCAUCCAUUCGGAGGCUGGUAUCUUUUCAUUGUGUUUUGACCACAGUGGCACUCGUCUAAUCAGUGGAGAAGCUGAUAAGACAAUCAAAAUAUACAAAGAGGAUGACACUGCUGUAUGUUACUUAGCUAAUAUUAUGACCAUACUUUCUUCUUACCUAUCAGUACUGUUUAUUAAGUUCAUAUUGGUGUUGAGUACACUUUAUACAUGAAUAAUUUCAAAUUCAUAUAUUCAUGUAGAACAAAAAUUAGGUAUACAGCUAGUUUAAGACUUGGCUUUUUUACUAUAAAAAUAAUUUAGAUCCUCGCUUAUCGAACUAUGUAAAUAUUUAGUUAUUGUGAUAUUUUAAGUGGGCAGUAAAAAGAAGAUGGUGGAAUAACUAAGAUGUAAACAGGUUGCGUUUAACAAAGGUGUAAACAGAUUGCGUUUAAGAAACAUUUAAAGACUUUUUUAUUUAAAUAGAUUUAAGAACAUCAGAGCGCUGUGAGCAUGCUCAAGUAGCAUGGAUACAAGCGCUAUAUAAAUAUUCAAUUCAACAAAAGUGUUGGAAAAAAAUUUAAAACUUUAAAGACAUUUUGUACUUAAAGAUGAUUUAAUGAAAGUAUAAGCAAUUGAUUACCGUACCUUUUGUUCACAAACUAUUGCAAUUUCAAAUUAAAAUAAAGGCUGAUUCCUGAAGGGACUUCGGGAAGGUUCAAUUAUUCAAAACUUUAAAAAAAAAAAAAUAAUUUUGAGUCUAUAAUCACUAGCUGUAAUCAUUUUUUACAAUCUUUACCUGAAUUUUUUCUUCAUUGUUGAAUUUGAACAAAGUUUUGUGGUCAUUUGUGUUUGUAUUGUAUUAUUUUUUUUUUAAUGUAAAUUUGAAUUUAUUACUCUUUUUCUGUAGAGAUUGUAUUAAUUUCAUUUAUUGAAUUUCUUCAAUUUUGUGUUUUCAGACUGAAGAGACACAUCCAAUUAACUGGAGACCAGAUAUUUAUAAAAAGAAGAGAUACUAAACUGCUUCAUUUUUACCCACAUUUUCAUGGUGUAACUGAUUUGUUUCAUGGUUUUUGUAAAUAAAUAUAGUAUGUCAAAUUAUUACUUGUACUGUCUCAGUUGAUCUUUCUUUGUUACGGUUUCUUACUGAUUUACUUCAGUGCUGGGCCAUAUAUUUAAUAACAUACUCUUGUUGUAUUAGCCUCUUUGUUACAUGAUAAAUGAUGCUAGGGUUACCAGAAUUGCACAAAGAGCCACAAGAAAACUUGGAACAUUAUUUAUUGAACUUAUUAAGAUCUCAAAUAAAUAUAAGUCAUAAGACACAUGCCUCUUUUUAAGUAAAAAAGGGAAUUAGACUAAAAGGUUGAGCUCAAAAUUAAUUUAAAAUGGAUCUAAGCAAACUGUGAAUAUUUACACAUUGACCACCAGAUUAUUCUAGGGCAGUGUUUCCCAACAUGAGGCCCACGCCCCCCAGCGGGGCAAUUUGAUUGUUAAGGGGGGCAAUUCGAAAAUGAGCUGUCUAGAAUUUGAAAACCAACCAUCUUGAGGUGCAUUUGAAGGCCAAUUAUAGUUGUCAUAUUAUUCCAGAUUUUAAUUACUUUCAAACAUAUUAGAAACAUUUUAGAAAAAGAACAUCCUUAAAGUCUCUGUUUACCACUUAUACUGCAACUGUCAAUCAUAUUCUUGAGGCUACCCGGUACUUAUGAAAUUUCUUUACUGCAUAUAAAUAGAUUUUUAAAUUGGUCUGUAAAAUGUUCAGUUUUUUUUCUUUCUUUUAAUAAAGAUUCUUGAUUCUUAAACUGAAGCCUGGUAUCUUUUAAACUUCUCCUUUAUUAAAAUUAACAGACAAGAAGGUAAACAAAUAAACUAUAUUGUUUCUUGGAAAAGAAGACAUGAAGUGUAAUUAUUUGACUAAGAAAGAAUAAAUCAAAAACUAAAUAUAUCUAAAGAAAAUCUUAAGCUGCUUUAUUUCUAGAAAAUAGAACAACUUGCAUAACUGUAUUGUUACUACACAAUGCACACAACUUAAUCAUAAGCCAAUGCAUUAUCACUGCAUCACAGGAAAAGUCUUAAAAUAUUUCAAGCAUAAGUGCCUGUUAGAAUUCAGUGUUGGCUCUUUGUUAACAAACUUUCAACCGCCCUUGCAACUUGAUCCUUACUCAUGUUGGUCAGAGGAAGGCUAGAUUCUUUUCCAAGCUCUAAGAUUAAAAAAAAUAAAUAAAAAAUUAGCAAGCAACCUUUAACAAAAGACAAGCAUACAGAUAGACUUCCUAAUUUAUAAUGAAAGGAAAACGUUGAUCAUUUGUAAAAAAUACUGAAGUACCUGUUAAAUUUAAGAAAACAAGAAUUACACAUCAAAACAGACAGAGGUAGUGCAUUUUUAAAAAAAACUUCUUUUGGGAGCCUUAAAUUUCUACACUUAAAAUUUAUUUGCAUGUUUUUUGUGUGUUUGACUUAAUUUACUUUAAGAAAAUCAACAACAGUAAUCAAAUCUCUAGCUUAAUUAGGGAUUUUGAUUUGUAGCGGUACAUAGAAUUUUGAACAGGUGCAGAAAAACUGCACAAAUCACACUUGAAUCGAAGUAAUGUACAAUAAAAAGAAUUAUAAAAAGCACUUACCAUAGCGAGCGUAAACUUUAGGCUGUAUAUCAUUAGCUUCUCUGACAAGGAAAGGGAACUUUGGAUUUUGGAGCUUAAGAUUAACAUAACUGCUUUCUAAAUAUUC